GCCAACCACAAGCUCGCAAUUACUUAGCACUUCAAGGUCGACCCGACUCCGUCGCUUCUCUUUUAACGACUCAACCACGUCAAUUCGCUUCAUAAUGUCGGCAAAGUACGCUUUCACACAGUCCCUCCGAGAGGUACGAUUCCUCUUUUGCCAGACUUCGGAGCAGAGCGCGGCUCUUCGAUCAUUCAUCACCCGAUCGUACCCUACCAUGAAGCGCAACAACCCCAACAUUCCCAUCCUGAUCCGAGAGGCCGCUGGCACCCAGCCCAAGGUCUUUGCCCGAUACGACCGAGGUGUUGAGAAGUCACAGGUUCUCGAGGGUCUUUCUGACAAGGAGAUUGAGGAGACCGUCACUGGUUUGGUUAAGUCUGCUCAAUAGAAGGAUGAUUAUUGCUUGAUUGAUAUUUGCGAAAAGAACGACAAGUCAAAGGGAGAGACCUCGAGCUCGGGCAUCACGACGAUGAAAUGUACAUAAGGGUCAAAUCAGCAUGCGACAAGAGAGCAUUGUACCACUACGAAGCCCAUCAUCUUGAAUAUCGACCUCCUCGUGGCUGAUUCAUGGCCUUGUCGUUACCGGGGUCAUAUUACUUCCCAGUAACACAUUCAGAUACAUAUAAGCUUCGGGGAUUGGAAUAUUGAUAUAGUAGCACCUCGCCAUUAUCAAGAAAUAUGACAAAUCAUCUGUUUGUACUCAAGGUACUAUAUUACA